AUUCUUCAUCUCUCACUUUAAGACAGCAGAAAAGGUGUCUGCGACUGACCCCGACUGUGGCGUGAACGCCAUGGUGAACUACACGCUGGGCGAAGGCUUCGGCAAGGUGCGCGAGUUCGAGGUGCGCUCGGGCAGCGGCGAGGUGUGCAUCGCGGGCGACCUGGACUACGAGACGCGCUCCGUCUUCGAGUUCCCGGUCAUCGCCACCGACAGAGGCGGGCUGAGCACGACGGCCAUGGUGAAGAUCCAGCUGACGGACGUGAACGACAACCACCCGACCUUCUACCCGCGCGAGUACAACGUGUCGCUGCGCGAGGGCGGGCACACGGGCCCGUCGCAGCCCGUGGUGGUGGUGGCGGCGACGGACGCCGACUCGGGCCGGUACGGCGCCGUCAAGUACCGCAUCGCGGCGGGCAACGACGCCGGCCUCUUCCGCGUGGACCACGCGUCGGGCGAGAUCUUCGUGACGCGGCCGUCGCUGCUGUCGACGCGCACCUCGCCCUACCACCGCCUCAACAUCUCGGCCGUGGACGGCGGCGGGCUGCGCGCGCCCAGCGACGCCGAGGUCUUCCUGAGCGUGACGGACUCGGCGCAGCGCCCGCCCAUCUUCGAGCGCGCCCGCUCCACCUUCGCCGUGCGCGAGGACGUGGCCCGCGGCACCGUCGUCGGCUCCGUGCGCGCCACCUCCUCCGACUCCGCAGUUUUUUUUUAUCAAAAGUGUUGUCAUAUUUGUUAUUACGAAAACAUCAGUAUUAAUGUUUAUCAAUAUCUAUAA